AUGCAAGUUGUGGUUUAUUAUAUUCAAGCUCUGGAUAGAUCAGAGGCCAGGCGAGAUGGAGGGUACAAGCAGAACUGGAGCUUUUCUCUUUCUGAUGGCAGUGAAGAGGAGAGGAGACAUGAGUAAGCACUUCUCCUCUGGACCUCAUUUCUGCACUCAGCAUCUUUGCACUGCAUCAAUAUAUCACCCUGCCACCAUCCGUAUCCACCAGACAGACAGACCCCAUGAUUCUGUCUGUUCUGUUUAUUAGUAUUCCCACCUGAGAGCCUGCCUGCCACCAGCUUAAUAUACAGACACACGGGCACACGCACUGUCCGCAUGCAGAGUCUUUGUGUUGUAAUAGAAGUGUGUAGACUGUAGAAGUGUUAUACACUAGGGAUACAAACUGACAGUGAUGUUACUGUAAAACUACAUGUAUCACAGAAUCAUGCUGUUACAUAUUACAUUAUUUUUGUAAUUCAAUCAUAUAUGUAAUCCAAUAACUGAAGGAAGUACCCAAUAUGUUUAUCCAAUAGUUUGGUCUAUGUGGGCAUUAUCUAACCACCCCUUUCUCUUCUUUUUUCCUAAGCUGCACAUCGGUGGUGACCACGAAGGAGAUGGAUGGACAGCAGCACUCCUCCCCAGAAGGGCAGAAGGUACUGUAGGCUACCUCCCUCACUAAGCAAAGCCCUAUCUUGUCCCCCCUCCACAAUACUCACAUUUAUGGCAUUGUUGCUCGCAGCAGGCAACAGGCUUUCUGCUCUGUCCUGUUGGUACUCUCUGCCUUUGUCUCAUCUCUCUCCCUUUAUAUAUGUCCUUAACCUUUUCUGCCAAUUUCCUUUCUUUCUUUGUCCAUCACUUUCUGGCUCUCUUUCUCUCUCACUUUCUGCCAAAUCUUGUAUGGCAAAGCUAUCCAGAGGUCUCCAGCUUUUUACCAACAAAAUGUUUUGUGCUGCUGCUGGUGAAAAGUUAAUGUUGUGACAUUUGAUGCUUACUGCACUGAGUUAUUAUACACAACAUUUAAUCUGAUUAACUUCAUUGUGAAUGUGAUACUAUUUUAGGGUAUUAUUACUAAAUCUUCAAACAUGUUUCUCUUGUCUCAACUGAACAAUGAACAAGAACAUCAGCUCAGUGCUGUUUUUGCCAUAAAUCUGUUUUUUAUGCAGCAUCACUCAGACAUAAUAUUGUAUGCUCUCAGCAGAAAUGCCCUGCAUCAUAUGUCAUCAGAUCCUCUUUGUUAAUUCUCUUCUUUGUUGUCUCUCUCCACCAGUCCCCCGCUCUUAGGCACUUCUCUUCUGCGGAUCCCCUGAAAACAUACGAAAACAGGCCAAAUACAAAUAAUCACAUAAGGGCUCUAAACAAACCAGGAACUGGCAAGAGGCUAAGGUAUGGCACAACAUUUUUGCAAGUAUCUCUCCUGCCCAAGUUGAAACGUUUUGAUGACAAUGGCAAAUAUUAUAAUGAACCAAUGUUCAACUUGUGUUCAGUGAAACCCGGCUGAUGUUGUUUCUCUGCUUCCCUCUCUAGUGAAAUCCCAUACGCGGAAGCAACGACGUCACCAAUGCCGAACAGAACAGACUAUUUAAUCGUCAGCCCAACACCACCUCAAGGGGUCGUUCUACAGGGGAGACACUUUCAGCACACCCACCAUGUUCCUGCUGCAAUGAGGAAACCUGUCCAAAGGUAUGAGCCCUCACUGAAGACACACUGUAGUCAUACUGCAUAACAUAGCAUUGAAAGUGACUAUGGUUUUGUAUGUCAGAAUGCUUGAUUUCUCCAAGUUGCCAGGUAGGGCUGGAUCUCUAGUCGAUCGAAGAGAGAACAUGUUACUCUCCCUUUAUGUAGGGGUCUGAUAAAUUCAGUUUGGCUAAUUGCCAUCAAGUCAGAAGUGCAACCCAUUUAAUCAUGGAUCAUCACAAUUAUUGUGUUAGACUUGAUUGUAUUGGUAGACAAUACUUACUCUCUCCAUUUCCCUUUCUUAAGCAACCUUGACUUAAAGGAAAGGUAA